GGCGCUAUUUAUGUGGCGCCGAAAUCAAACUUUAGUUUGGCACUGGCAGUGCAAAUCUCACCAAAAAAGGUAAAACCACUUUGCUUCUCGUUAUCGAAAUGACUUAAUUGGUAGUCAUGGCAACUGAGGAAGGGAACAGUGACAAUGGCGUGAAGUUAUCACAAGUGUCGGCUGACGUACUGUGUGAGUUCCUAGAGGUAGCCAUUCAUCAGAUUCUCUACGUCAGAAGUUUGUAUCCCUCGGGAAUCUUUGAUCGCAGGAAGAAGUACAACAUACCAGUGCAGAUGUCUCGUCAUCCAGAACUCAACAAGUAUAUUACUGAUGUUCUGGAAGGAAUGAAACCAUUAAUGACGAAAGACGAAAUUCAGUGCGUGUCUGUGGUUAUCAUCGGUCCAAACCAUCAGCCAGUAGAAAGAUUUGUCUUUGAAAUAUCUCAGCCUGCGUCCCGCUCUUUGAGUGAUGACAGCUACUUACUGAAGAUGGAGCAAUUACUCAGAGCUUUCUUAUUGAGGAUAAGCACAUGUGAUGCUGCCUUACAAAGCAACCCGCCUGAAUGUUACUUCAGAGUUCUUGUACACACCAAAAGCUCUGCAGUGUUUUCCAUAGAAGACAGUCAGUUUAUUCAGGACUUUCCCUGGAUUGAAGCAGACCAACAUCUUUACAAUCUGAAUGAUGCUAGACUGACUCCUCUGAAGACAAUGUACUCAGAUUUGAUAAAGAUGCAGUUGUACGUGGAGGAAAUAGAUCCAAAAGCAGCAGCAGUGGAACUUUCGUGACAUUUAAGUUGAGCUUAAUAAUAAUUGUGAAAAGACAAAUAUAUAUCAUUCCAGUGUGACUGCAAUGAAGAUGUAAAAUUCCGUUUUCUUAUCUAUGAUUGGUUAGACCAAACUUGUACAUGUGUACAUUUAUUUGUUUUUAGGUUUUAUUGCAGCUUUCUGAAGAAAAGUAAAACACAGUUUAUAAAAACAAAUUGUUCAGCCAAACUUGAAAUACAAAAAUGAUUUGAAAUACAAAAAUGACUUGAAAUGCUCUUUAAAAAUCAUUUAACCAUAUACAAUGUUUGUGUAUAUUUGUUAGAUGCACUACUUAUUAAAUUGAAUACAAACUAC